AACUUAUUUCUUCUAUAAGAUCAAAUCAAAAUCAAGCAUCAAGAAACAUAGCUAAUAUUUACAGAUGCACAUCCAUGUACCUAAAAUUGUGGUAUUUUUGGUAUACAAAAAUUCCCACUUCUUAGAUCCGUGAAAGCGUGUCCACCACCUUACUCUCUUUUCAGUGUAGUUUAUCGAAAACAAAAGUAGGCUUUUGAUCAAUUUGUAAAUUGUUAUUUAUCAACCAAACUUCAAUUAUCGCUUAAUUAGAGACUUCACAUCAUAUAUGAAACAACAUUAAAGGUGCAAGCAGUAAUUCUGCAAAAAGCGCUUCGGUGUUUAUUGGCAAAAUUAUCCAUGCAGAAGUACAGAUAGAAUACAUAUCAUGCGUCGUUUUCAAUAUUUUUAUGUCAAUUCAAAAGUCCUUUGUUGAUUCUGUAAUUGACCAUGUUUGAGGUAAAAUGAGUAUCGGAUUGCACCAUCUAUAUAUUGAUCUUUUAAAUUUAGCAAUACACUUUUGGUAUAUAGAUUAGGGUACACGAUAGCACGGAGGUAGAGAUCAGGGUAAGGAAAUAUGUUUAUUUUAAAUUUGUGAAAUGAAAAUCAUUAGAAUAACUCUGAAAGCUAGUACUCAGUCAAGAAAACAUAAUACUGAUUAUAAUAAGUUUGGACAACAAUCAUAAGAACGUCUUACGGUUGUCUUUAUCAACCAUGAAGGAAUUGGUUAUGAUGUAUCGGGGAAGUACAUCAGAUUGAAGUGAUAUUCUAGCAAUAUAUACGUUUGCUAUAGUUUAAGAAAAGUAUCCAAUAAUUGAUAUGAAAAUAAUGAGCGAAUAGAAAAUGAAACUAGGAAAAUACCGAAAUGUUCGUAUACACCUACCAACAGCUCUUUCGCGGAAGAUACACACAAGUUGCUGUCCUUUAAAAAAGACUUCAAUACGUGGGAGCAGAGCUAUGCAUGAGGGAGGUAAUCCUUAAUUUUGAAAUGAAUUUCUACAUUUCGUCACAGCAAUUAAAUUUAUAUCCGAAUUUAAAGCUAGCAACGAAGUACUAUAUGAUAUUCUGUAUUCCCCGCUUUACGUGUUAAGACAAUGUAAGAGUUUUAAAUCACCAUCUUCUUCGUAGUGUACAAACAGAGUGUAAUUUUCGGAAAAUGUAUUCAAUUUCAUUUGUAAUUUGAAACAUCGAUUAACAUUUGACGUCACAACUGAGCCCCAUAUGUUUGUUGUAUGUGUAUAUCUUAUACGUCUCAGAAUUAAGAGUGUGUAUUAUUUGUAAUAUUUAUGUGUUUAGAACUUUGUGAAUUUUCCUUCAUUAUUAAAUAUCUAAUAGGGUACCUUUGAUUUGUUGUUUGAAAUGUUAUGUAUAAUGGAAUACAUUGUAUCCUUAGCAUAAAUCAUCGAUAUGCGCAUUGGUAACAACAUGCUGAAUUCAUGAUUCAUAGACAUUGGUGUUAUUAAAAGGAAAAGCAGGAAGCAUCAAACACUUUUAUGAGACAUGUGGCGAGGAAUAGAUAUAGUUGAAACUCAUAUAAAAUGAAAAUAUUCACCCCAAAGUUAAUUCUGUGCCUUUUUAUUAUAGAAAUUACGGACAUUGUAGACAGCGUGUUGUGUAUUUAAAUAUAACACCAGAAUUCUAGAUCUGUUUAUGUAAACACUUAUUUCUGGUUAUCAUAAAACACUUUUGAUUGGAAUGUUAAUUCAAGCAUACAAUAAUUUAAUAUGUUUUAUGGUGUGACUGUUGAAACACAAAAACUAUCUUUCUCUGGCUUUCAACUCAACCUUCAGAUGUAUCGACGGCGUUAUGCAUGCAUCUACAUGUAUUUUGAAUAAUGUUCGUUUUAUUCAUAUGCCUGUUUGAUAUAUUACAGUGAAGUCGAAAUAAAAGACACCACAGAGUCUAACAUAUCUUCUUCAUAUUUGCAUAUUCUUUUGAACAUAAUUUUUUUUUUACGCCAAACGAAAGACUCAAUAUUAUGACUAACAGAAUUACUUCAGAUUCUCCACAGUCAACUUCCUACAUUCAAUUAGCAAUAUUCCAUCAUCACCUGCAUAUGGUGUUUAUCCUCUCAGCGGAUACAAUACGCACAAUCAUUUUCUGCUUAUGAAGAAGUUUUAAAUGGAGGGAAGCUACUGAUGUAAAAUUGAUAGGGUAACAAUUUUGAUGCACCAGAUGCGCAUUUCGACAAAUAAUGUUUCUUCAGUGAUGGUCAAGCCGAAAGUUUGGAAAUCCGAAAUAACAAUACACUUGUAAGAGCUAAAAUGAAAACCAGAGUGCCAAAAAGUGGAGCCAAUUUCGUCCAAGGAAAAAGUUGAUUUUACAGGGUUAAGUUUCUACUGCUCCGUUCUAAGUCAGCAUUUCGCAAAUUCUAUCGUAGUUAUGAUGAUCCACAGUGUAUUUACAAAUACAACCUGUCGUUAAAUUGAAUGCUGUCUGAAGUGCUCCAUACCAAUUGUUAGUCCAUUCUUUACAUACUGAUUUUGACUACGAAUUACUCCGUUUACCUGAUGAAGAUAGAGGGGAUACGGUGGGUAUGACCCAUCAACAGGGGACACCUCUGGCGUGUAGAAUGAUCCUUUAGUCCUGCUCCUAAGUAAUAUUUUGCAUUCUCUAACUAAGGUCAUGUAUUUGAUGCAGCCAUUGGCAGCUUAAGUAAUGCUUCCUUUUCACAGUUAACAUGAAAUAUUGAAAUUUAUAUAUAUUGUUGAAAUGACAGAGUAAAUGUAAAGGACUCUACCCCCUCCAAACCGGUCAGCUUCUUGAAUGCAAUUUUGCGCAAAACGUUUAAUUUGGCACCUAUACACUCUGAGUCUUCUAUCGGGCCUUUUCAAUAAAACUGAGGCUUAUCGCUAAACCACCAGCGUUGCCACGGCCACACUACAUGACUCUGAAAGCACUGAAGUCGGUUAGACGAGUGCGUAGUCACAAAAUUGCCAAGAACGGGUCUGCGCGCUGUAAUCCAGCACCCGGUAGUCGAUUGCGAACAGUCUGAUCUGAUUCUCUGCGAAUUACAGGAAUGGCAAAUGUUGAAAGUGACGCUGUUGUGAAUAUUUGACAAAGAUGACGCCAUUGGAUGAAAUAUAAUGUGCUGCUUACGUUAGAAGUGGUCUACCUGCGCUAUGGCGAUCAUUUAUUGAAUCAUGCUGUUGAUAUCUGAUCCAAAGGCGAGAUAUGGUGCUUUUAGCAAUAUUGAAAUCUCUUGCAACUGCAAAUGGUGACACACAUUCGUCCAACGCGGUAAAUCGCAUUAUUGAGUUGACCAUCAUUCCGACGCGGCAUUUCUCAAAAAGCGAUUACAUUCAAAGAUAAUGCAAUCAAAUAUCGAGAAUUCUUGCAUUUGAUAGACCAUUGGUGCCAAAAUCACGUGCAUUAAAAACUUACAACAAUCGCGAGUUACAGAGACCGAUUUUAGGAUGAUUUUUAACAUUUAAACAACAUUUAUUCAGGUAUAUAGUAAGUUUUUUUUUUUUUUUUACAUAAUUCUACAACCCAACCUGACCAGGGGUACAGGGUUUUGAGAAUUCCCACUCUUUCACUCACACAUUCACAAGGUCAGACAUUUAUGCUAAACAAAGGCUAGAAAUAUAGAAAGUAGAAACUUUUGACAAUGCAUUCUGAUCGAGUUCAUAAAUAUCAUGCUGUAAUAAUUAACAAUCAGACGCAUGUUGUAAUACCAAGGCUGCUGUUAAAGAUUCUACUUAAAAUAAAUUAUUGAUUGAAUAUACAUGCACCGCACUUCUUAAGAAGAAAAAAGUUGAAUAAAUACAUAUGAUACUAAAAAGGAAGGAUUUUAUGAUAUUUUUGUUGUAACAUAGUGUACGUUAUAUUUGAGUUUUAUGUUUCAAGUAAUUUACAUUACUUGUCAAACUGAUCUGUCGAUCAUUUUCCUUGCAAUUUGUUUUUCUACUUUAUAUACAUUAGUCCAGAUUGGUUUAAAUGCAUUCAAUGACAGACAAUUUCCUUUACAUUUGGUCAAAUAUAUAUAAUGUUUCAAAUGGUAAUUUACAAAGUUUACCAUUUAAAUUUUGAAAUAUCCAAGGAUAAAAGUUUUCUUAUCAGUUAUAAUCUUAAACGAAGUUUUCAUUAAACCAACAUUGCACAUUUCUUUUUAAAAAAAUACUGACUUUUUCAAAAUCUUACAUGAUGUGUUCCAAUGACAUUCUCUCCUCUAAACAAAAAGUGCAUAGAUCGUUGUCUGAUUUCUUUAUCAUUUUCAAAAAGGUAUUUGUAGUUAAAAGUCUAUGAUUCACUCGACAUUGUAACCAAUGUAAUUUACUAUCUUUUGUGUUCAUAAAAACAUUCUUAUGAAUUUUUCUCCAUUCCCAUUUUUGUCCAGCUGGUUUAUUUUUGUUAGAAUUAAAUAUUCUGUAAAGUUUUCUAUUGUUGGUUGUUAUUUCCUAGUAAGGGUAUGAUGUAUAAGGGAAUAAUUGGUUCUUGUUCUUUAAUCAGAUGGACAAUAUUAAAAUAUCUCAUCAUUUUCUUUACUGCUUGUGUUACUCCGAAAAAAAUCCAAAAAUUAGUUUUGAUACUAUAUUUUGCUUUGAAUUGAGCAUAAGUCAUCAUAUUCCCUUCCUCAUCUAGUAACGCAUUUAUUAAACAAAUAUUGUUUUACACGAUUCCUUCAAAUACAUCAAUUUUAAAAAAAUCUACUUUCAGUGUUCCAUUGUACCAUAGAACAAAUUUACCCAUUUUUCUGGUGUCAAUUCAUUUUCAAAACAAAUCUCAGUUUCUUCCAAGAGUUAAAAAUAGCUUGCCAUUUUAAAAAAAAUUCUAUACAUUUUAAUGCAUACGUUGGACCAUAUCUAAAGACCUGGCUAAUAUUGAUAACUUCGCCUAUGACAAAUUGCCACUUUGCUGAGCUAUGCAGUAAUUUCUUAAACCAAGAUAUUUUCAUAUAUGCAAUAAAAUUCUUUAUAUUUGCCAUGUUUUAACCACCUUUUUAACAUUAUACAUCAGCGCUAUUUUUAAACUAGAUAGAUAGAUUUCCACUCUGAUUUAUUUUUUUGUGAUAUCAUUAAGAAAAAAUUUAAUCCAGUUGAUGAUAGAUUCACCAAAAUUAAAGAGAGUUUCAUUACAUAAAUUACAUAAAUUAAUUAAUCCCAUGACACAGUAUCAAAAGCUUUUUCAAAGUCUAUAAGUAGAAUUAGACUUGGAAUGUUUUAUCAAUCUGGUGUUUUCCGUAAUAUUUCUGCCUGAUAUAAAUCCUGUUUGAUCUCCAUUUAUUGAAUUUGGUAGAAAAAGUUUUAUUCGAUUUGCUAUACAUUCCGAUCCUAUAUUAUAGACAUUAUUUAAUAAUGGCAUUGAUUUCCACAGUUCAGUACUCGACGUGCCAACAUACUGAUCUACUCGGCUAGGCAAUACUGAAAUGAAUCGACAUAUUGCUGAUAUUAAUAUUUUCAUCCACGUUGUAAGAGGACGUCUGCCAUUAUGACGAUGUAGAGUACCUCCAUAACACUUUGUCUUGUUUUAUUUGACUGAUUUGCUGUAUGCAUAGACAUAAUCUGAAAUUAAAAUGUUAAUUUCAACAUUUGAAGUUAACCUUUUAUAUAAGCAAAAUACUUUAUAUACACAUAGGGUAAUUUUGACAGGUUGAAAAUAUUGGCUAAUUUUUACAAAUGAGGAUAAUUCGCAAAAAAUUGAAUAAAGCGCUAAAAUUUCUAUUCAUAUAAAUGAUACACAUAAAAGUGCAUCAAAAUUAAAGCGCACUAAGAUUUUGCACUACAUUUUAGAAAACAAUAUGCUAGAUAUACUCGACGCCAAACUUACCAAACAUACAGAAAUUUAGCUUAGGCACCCAUCACAAAUUAAAGAUGCUAUUUUCUGUAUUUUCAACAGUUUAUCAAUAUGAGAGGCAAAGAUAACAAGCAGUAAUAAUUCUCAUAACUCCUCUAAGCAAUGCAAAAUAAAGAGUUGGGAAAAAACGGACACAUAUACCAGACGCUGGAUCAGGUGCCUAGGAGCAGUAAGCAUCCCCUGUCACACCUGUCGUGAGCCCUAUAUUCUGAUCAGAUACCAGGAGUUAUCCGUAGUCAAAAUCAGUGUGCCAAGAACGGCCUAACAAUAGGUAUGAAACACGUCAGAUAACAUUUGACCCAAUGAUAGGUUGUAUUGGCAAACUAGAUCGUUACUAUGACCAUAGAAUUUGCGACAUGUUGACUUUAAACUAAACUGUUGAAACCUCUGCACUAUCUAAUUGUUUGUCAGUAGCCUGCUGAUUUUAUUUACCAAAAUAGUUUGCAACAUUAAUUGAAAUGUGGAAAAUUGACACGAUUACAACAAAGUAACACAUAAUGAAUUAGCUGAUUCUAACUACUAUUUUAAUGUCUAUAACACUUGUAUUGAGUUAAUUUCAAAUUCAUUGCAAACUUAUUUUGCUUUAUCCCAUUUAUAGUACAUUAGUCUUUCUCUUAGGUCACAUGAAUCACGCAGGUCAAAUAUUACAAUUUAUCUGAAUCCGUCGUCGUCCGCCGUGCGUUAGUAAUUGAAUAUUUUUAACUUCUUGAUAACAGCGUCUGUUGCCCUGCAUCGUCCAUUGUGCAUCAACAAUUGAACAUUUCAACUCAUAACUGCCAUUCAAUUUCUUUUCAAAUUUGGUAUGAAGCAUCUUUGUGACAGGGGCGACAUAAAUUGUAAAUUUCAGGACUCCUGCACUCCCGCGACCUUACGUCCUAAUAUGUCAAACAUUUACCGGUACUCCUAAUAUGUCUUUUUAAACUCUCAAAUUCAAUAUCAUGUAUUUUUUCGUACAUCAAGUGCAAAAAGGUCAAUAUUCAUUUUUAUUAAUUGCAUUAAACUUUUUUAUCUGUAUUGUUAGAAGACAUGAUUAUUAUCUAUUUUAAUGCAAUGAUUGAUCUCUGUUGCUUGUAUUGUGUUGACACCAACAGACAAUGAAGAUUAUUUGAAUAAGGUUUAAAUGGAAAAAGGUCAUGUUUGGAACACUAUACCUCAAUAACAAGCAUUGCGACCUCAGUUUUUCUUUUCAAUUUCUAUUUCUCCUUCAACGCAGAAAUUGAAAAUACACUUCCCAAAAAAUUGAUAUUACUCCAAAUGUCAGGUGCGAACCUCUUUAAAAAGUUUUUAUUGAUUUACUCAAAAGUUUGUAUAAAAAUUCAAUAUUUUCGCCAAUAAUUAAAAAAAUUGGUCUCUAACCCCCACUUUUUUUUUAGUUACAUUUUAAAUUUUAAGACAAGACCUUGAAAUAUAUGUGAAAUUUAAAAAUUGACAUUACUCCUAAUAUGCCCUUUUAAACUCUCAAGUUUGAUAUAAUGAAAAUGUCAUUAUUUCUUUUCAUUGCUUGUAUUAAACAUUUUUUUUUUUAUCUGUAAUGUUAGAAGGCAUGGAUAUGUAUCUAUUUUAUGUAAUAAUUGAUUUGUGUUACUUAUGUUGUAUUGACACCAACAGACAAAGUAAGUGUAAUUGAAUAAAUUUUAAGUGGAAAAGUUUUUCUUUAUGAUUUCCGAAUUCUCCUUCAAUGUAGAAAUAAAAAAUACACUUCCCAAAAAGUUGACAUUACUCCAAAUCUCAAGUGCGAACCUCUUUAAUAGAUAUUUAGAAGGAGUAGACAGUCUUUUACCAUCAUUAUAGAGUUCAUUAUCCCAGGGGUAGAAGGUUUAGUUCCGAGGUGGGGCCGAAAUUAUGAUAUUGAUUAUUGUCUUUAUCAUUUGAAAGACCUUUUGUUAAUUUUGCAUUUUUAAGAAAAGUAGAAAGGGAUGUUUCAAAAUUGUGAAUUUCGAAACUCCAAGAUUCUGAUUCUAGGGCGGGGUCUAAAAUAAUAAUAUAGUGUUCAUGUGUCAUAUAUUAGGUAAAAUCUUUCUCCAGUUUGUUCACUUUCGGGGGCACUUAUGUUUUAAGAACACAUUUUGUUUUAUAUUGCUGCUGAACAUUAAAUUGUAGCUAACAGUUUACAUAUGCAGAACAGAAUUUUGUUUUAGACAUUUCAUAACACUUGAGACUAGUGAUAUUCAUAAUUAUUAUUCUAAUACUCAGAUGACCAUUAAGGCCGUUGGACCUCUCGUUUCCUAAUGGUUUGACUUUAUUUUAACAGCAAAAUUCACAUUAUACGGUAAUGGCCGUUCAGUUGGAUGUAGUUGUGGGAAUUCAGAUUGGUACACACUACAAUUCUCUUGUAUGCUUCUUUCCAUACGAUGAAACAAGGUAUCCGAGUCCAACAUGGGAUGAUCCUUCCACUGGGAAAGUGCAGUCGAAGCAACGGACAAUAGCUGUGUAUAGCCACAACAAGGUUUUCCAAGCAUUUGGACAUGAGGCAGUAAAACAGAUACAAGGACAGAAUAACACCAAUUUAUUGGUCUUAUCAAACUUUGUAAAUGAUAUCUUCUGCUCUGGCAUUCAAGUUCCAAAAAAAGUACGUGCUGAAAAUGGCGUCAUGGUAUCAUCGUUUGAUUUGACAUCCUCUGUCAUAUCCUGUUUGAUUCGAAAUCCAAAUCUACGAAAGAUAGAACCACUAAAGAAGCGAUAUGUCUUCACCAUACCGUCCAGGGCGUGUGAAAAGCAUGCAGAGUUUCUUGAAUCCGCGGCAAAAAAUGCUGGUUUACACAAAGGCCAGAUACUAGUUAUUCCAAAAGCAGCGGCUAUUCUUCAUUUCUGUAAACACAAGCAUCGUGCACAUGCUGAUGGCAAAGAAAUAGACCCUUUCAUCAUUGGCAAACCAAAUGUGGUUUUAGAAUGUGAAGUGGAAGACAACACUAAAGGUUUUACAGUACGAGAUAAUUCGCAUACCGUAUAUGACGUCGGCAUUUCUAUUUUGAUGCUUCAAGAAGAUGAUGCCAUAGAAAUAAUUUACAACUCGUUUGAAAAUGAAAUUAUUUUGAGUAAGGUACAGCAUAAUUUUGAAGAUCUGAUCAGUCAGAUCGUUGGAAAGUCGGUUUUCGACGAUUUCUGUCAAAGGAAUAUUUCUGAUUAUCACGAACUGCUCCAUACCCUACACGAUAAAAUAAAAGGACCCUCCACAGAAAUAAUAACAUUCUCAUUGCCUGCAGAAUUGUUUGCUUUAAUUGAAGAGCAACCGAAGGAACGGAUUGAGAAAGCAAUUGAGAAAAUGAAUCUUGUCAACAAAGUUUAUUUCUUUGCUGGAAAAUGCAGGAUUGCUCCCGAUGUUUUUCAAACGUUGUUUAUGGACACCAAAAAGAAUGUGGUACAACUCCUACACAAGGUGUUGGUGGACAGUGGGCUAAAAGAGAAAGUAAAUAUCAUUCUUCCUGGAGAAUUUUCAAAUUCUGUCAUUUUUCAAGACACAAUAAGACGUGAAUUUCCCGACGACUGCAUCAUAACUGACGAAGAAGAAAUGGCAACGAAAGGAGCAGCAUUGUAUGGUCACCGACCUGUCAAACUUAUUCUGAAGGAAAGGCUUUGGAAUACUGCACAAGUGGCAGUUAGUGUGCAGAGAAGAAAGAAACGGAGGAGGAAACAUCUCUGCUCUGUUAUGUGAAGUAGUACUGCCAUUCAUUUCCAUUUUCCUCUUGACUUAUGUAGUGUCCUAAUAUUGGGUGUACAUUAUGCUUAUUCAGGCAUGUGCCAUAUACAGUGACAGGUACAAGUUAUUAUCAAUACAUAUAUUAUAUGAUUGUACAUGUUAAUCGGACAAAUAAUUUGGAUGAUAAUGUACAUAACCUUAACAUACAAUCAAAUGUAUAAUGUAUGAAUGUUUGAGUUAUAAAGUAUUUGUAUGUUACCAAUAAAAAUGCCAGAAAUGAACAUAAA